GCGGUCUCCUCACGCGAGGGCGCGGGCGAGGAGGGCAAGCAGCGCACGCUCACUACGCUGCUGGAGAAGGUGGAGGGCUGCAGGCACCUGCUGGAGGCGGGGCAGUACCUGGUGUACAACGGGGACCUGGUGGAGUACGAGGCGGACCACAUGGCACAGCUGCAGCGCGUGCACGGCUUCCUUAUGAACGACUGUCUGCUCGUGGCCACCUGGCUGCCGCAGCGGCGCGGCAUGUACCGCUACAACGCGCUGUAUCCGCUGGACGGUCUGGCUGUGGUCAACGUCAAGGACAACCCGCCCAUGAAGGACAUGUUCAAGCUACUUAUGUUCCCCGAGAGCCGCAUAUUUCAGGCGGAAAACGCCAAGAUCAAGCGCGAAUGGCUGGAAGUGUUGGAGGAGACCAAAAGGGCCCUAGGUGAGAAGAGACGGCGGGAACAGGAGGCCGCCGCUGCCCCUCGAGGGCCACCGCAGGCAACCCCCAAGGCUGGCAACCCGUUCGAGGAGGACGAUGAGGAAGAACCAGCGCUUCCUGAGGUGGAGGAGGAGAAGGUGGACCUCUCAAUGGAGUGGAUCCAGGAGUUGCCCGAAGACCUGGAUGUCUGUAUUGCCCAGAGGGACUUCGAGGGCGCAGUGGACCUGCUGGACAAAUUGAACCACUAUCUGGAAGAUAAGCCCAGCCCACCUCCUGUGAAAGAACUCAGGGCCAAGGUGGAUGAACGGGUUCGACAGUUAACCGAGGUGCUGGUAUUUGAGCUUUCCCCAGAUCGGUCACUGAGAGGUAGUCCCAAGGCCACUCGCAGGGCAGUUUCUCAGCUGAUCCGCCUUGGCCAGUGCACCAAAGCCUGUGAGCUGUUUCUGAGGAACAGGGCAGCAGCGGUGCACACUGCCAUACGCCAGCUUCGCAUUGAAGGAGCCACUCUGCUCUACAUUCACAAGCUGUGCCAUGUCUUCUUUACCAGCCUUCUUGAGACAGCGAAGGAGUUCGAGACAGACUUUGCAGGCACUGAUAGUGGCUGCUACUCUGCCUUUGUGGUCUGGGCAAGGUCAGCCAUGGGCAUGUUCGUGGAUGCUUUCAGCAAGCAGGUGUUUGACAGCAAGGAGAGCCUCUCGACAGCUGCAGAGUGUGUGAAGGUGGCCAAGGAGCACUGCCAGCAGCUCGGGGACAUCGGACUGGACCUCACCUUCAUCAUCCAUGCCCUGCUGGUGAGAGACAUCCAGGGGGCCUUACACAGCUACAAGGAGAUCAUCAUCGAAGCCACCAAGCACCGAAACUCUGAGGAGAUGUGGAGGAGGAUGAACCUGAUGACCCCUGAGGCUCUGGGGAAGCUCAAGGAGGAGAUGAGAAGCUGUGGGGUCAGUAAUUUUGAGCAGUACACCGGCGACGACUGCUGGGUGAACCUGAGCUACACAGUGGUGGCCUUCACCAAGCAGACCAUGGGGUUCCUAGAGGAGGCGCUGAAGCUGUACUUCCCAGAACUGCACAUGGUCCUCCUGGAGAGCCUGGUGGAAGUCAUCCUGGUUGCCGUGCAGCAUGUGGAUUACAGUUUGAGGUGUGAGCAGGAUCCAGAGAAGAAGGCAUUUAUCAGACAGAAUGCGUCCUUUCUGUAUGAAACAGUCCUCCCUGUGGUGGAGAAGAGAUUUGAAGAAGGUGUGGGGAAACCUGCUAAGCAGCUCCAAGACCUGAGGAGCACAUCCAGACUCAUCCGGGUGAAUCCCGAGAGCACAACUUCAGUGGUCUGAGGAUUCUGUUUUGUGAUACUUAAAUGUGGCUUGUGUGUCAUUUAUAUUUAUGUUAAGUUACAUUAUCGUAUUCCUUAUGGUCUCAGUGUAAAAAUGAAGGUACCUCUUAGGCUAAAUCAAAAGAAGAAAGAACAUAUGCUAAUUGAAGCACAAAUGAGAAAAAGACUAGAAAAACGUAUACCAUGCUUUCCUUUUAAAUUAUGGUAAUUCCUUAAUGAAUGUAUUCAUUAGCUAACAGCUUUCGAUUCUCUGGAUCAGCUGAUGAAUGUAUGGUUGCUGGAGUACUUCAGCUUGUCUUUUGAAUUAAAACACUCUGUACAUUAUGCAGCAUGGAGAAACAAGAUCUGUAAAGACAGAAUUCAAGGAUGUUGGGAAGUAUCCCAGUUCACCAGAAUAUUAGGUUUUUUAAAGGGUACAGUGCCAUAUAAAACACCCUGCCUCAUGCACUUCUUCUUUUUAAACUGUAAUGAACAAUUUGGGGGAAAGAAAGGAGUUGGGAAGUUAGUUUUAGAGAAAAUUUUAGUCACAAGACUUCUUUCUUGGAACUAGCUCAUGUGUGGGUAUCAGACACUUCCAUCCUUACAGGGUACCAGAAGCAGAUUCAUAAAAAACAUUUGGACACUCCCAAGUUUGUAAUUUGAAAGCUGAUUAAUUUGAGUUGCUGACUAGCAGCUUUAUAAUAUUUUGUUGGGGAGCAUUUACUUGGAAAUCUGAAAGACCAUGUUAAAAAUUUUUUUCAACACAUUUUGGAUUGUGUGAAAUUCCAGCUGAAGCUUUUUUGUCUUUUGUCAUAUUAAAUAAAGUACUAACAACAACAAAACACACA